CUCCUUCCUCUUUCCGUUGGAAGCAGGGAGACCAGACCCAUCUAUAUAUAAGCCACUGCUCCGCCUAGAGACUCCACAAUACAAAGUCAGUCAUGGCCGGGUCAGUUCGUGCGGCGCUCCUGGGUCUCCUGCUGCAGAUCCUGUACAAAGGGCUAGCUGCUCAGCAGCUGCUCCUCGCGCGUCCCCAAAGGAGCCUGUUCGAGGCUCCGCUGGGUCAAGUGGAGCAAGUGGAGCACCUGCCCCCUUUGGGCUGGAAUAGUGUUGGCGCCGGACUCGGAGUGGGCGAGUGGGGCUACAGCCCCGUUGGUCUGGGCCACAUGAGCAAGGAUGAGCUGCUGACCCUGCUGGAGGCCUGGAAGGAGGUGGAGCAGGAGUCGGCCGCGACAACGACUGCGCCGCCAGCAGAUACCACCACACGUAGACCAGCUCCGCCUGCGCCACCACCACCACCACCAGCUCCGCCACGACCCAUUCCCAUGCCGGUCUCCAUUGCAAUGCCUGCUCCGCCUCUUCCAAGUUUUCCCCAGCCGCCCUCCGGAACUCCCAUUACUGUGCGGCUCCCAGCUUUUGUGCCUGUACGUCUGGCUGCCGUGUUUACUCCGCCUGCCGGUGGUCAAACUGGUAGUGCUGCUCCGUCUGCUAACGGAGUCAGAGAGGCUGGAGGAGAUGACUUGGCCACCGAUGACGUGCCAGAUGACGGCGUCAGUAGCCGACUCUUCCGCUUUAUACCCAUGGCAGGAGUUCGAACCAGGCCGCCAUCCAAUCCACAGGCCAGGCAGCAGUUUGUGGUGAGGAACACCCUGGACAGCGUGGAUGCGGGCACAGCCCCCGUCAGGCAACAGGUUAAACCGGAAGUCCAGCCCAAGGCGCAUCCUUCCAUUCCCAAGUUCCCUGGCCACCCUCCAGCUCCCUUCUUCCGGCCCAGAUUUGGUGUGCCACCGAGUCUGGCCAACGCCCGCUUCGAGCUGGUGCCCUCCUCACAAAUCAUCGGCGACUGGCGGGAGUGAUCCUGUGCAGCACCUGA